UUAUUUUUUGUGCUUAAUUCAAAGUGGGAACUUUUUCACCUCUGCAUACAUUUUGAAGGACUAGGAGUUUCAUAGCUCAGGAAUAACAAAAAAGUUUUUCCACACCCCAUUUUUCCACGUUGGAAAGAACAGAAAAGAUGGCCAGAGAUUGCCAAUGCACUUUUCUUCAUCCUGAUGAAUGGGUGAAGGGCAAGUUGAUUGGAUCAGGGUCUUUUGGCUCUGUCCACUUGGCCAUGAGCAAAGCCACUGGAGGACUAUUUGUUGUGAAAUCUACAGAGUCUGGGGCUGGAAUUAAGGCCUUGGAGAAUGAGGCUAGCAUCCUCCAGAGCUUGAAUUCUCAGUACAUUAUCCGGUGUCUAGGGCAGGACUUGUCGAGCGGUGGACACAAACUCAAUGUCUUCAUGGAGUACAUGGCUGGGGGGAGUUUGUCAGAUGUGGCAGAAAAAUUUGGUGGGGUGCUAGAAGAAGAGGUGAUUCAGUUGUAUGCAAGAGAGAUUCUUCUUGGUCUGAAGUAUCUUCAUGAGAAUGGGAUUGUGCAUUGUGAUCUCAAGUGCAAGAAUGUGCUUUUAGGCUCAUCUGGAGACAUCAAAUUGGCUGAUUUUGGCUGUGCAAAGAGGCUGAAGGAAAUUAAGGCUAAUGGGCUUCGAGCAGCAGGUUCAUGGCAAUCUAUUGGUGGGACUCCAUUGUGGAUGGCUCCUGAAGUUUUGAGAAAUGAAGGGAUGGAUUUUGCUUCUGAUAUUUGGUCAUUGGGAUGCACAGUUGUUGAAAUGGGAACUGGCAGGCCUCCUUGGAGUGAUGAGAUUUCAAAUCCAAUGGCUGCAGUUCUGAAGAUUGCAUGCAGCAGUGAGACACCUAAGUGUCCAAUUCAGUUCUCAAAGGAGGGGGUGGAUUUUUUGGACAAGUGCUUCAAGAGAGACCCCAGAGAAAGAUGGACAGCUGAGGAAUUGCUCAACCAUCCCUUUGUUUCGAGGAAUUCAAUGAAGAGACACACAAGAAAGCAGCAACACACAUGCUCACCAGCAAGUAUCUUCGACAUUGGAAUUCAUGAUUCAAAUGAUUAUGAUGAUUCAGAGAGUACUAAUGGAGACGAGUUGCCAAGCAAAAACCCAUUUUCAAGGUCUUGUGGUGAAAGAGAGAGAACAGCAAGAAGAGAGCUGGCAGAGAGUGACUUGGCUUCAUCAGAGAUUUGGAUUACUGUCAGGUCUGGUGGAUGCUUUUAAAAUCUAUACUAGAUUUGGAGAAAAAUGUAGAUUUAGAGACAA